AUGACUAAGAUACCAUAUUUUGGUUUCAUCAAGAAAGAAUUUAAAACUUUGUCUACUACAAUUGGCUGGAAUGCCGGUAAGCAAGGCGGUGGGACCGGGAAUGGAGGAGGACCAGGGUCUUGUCCUUCGACGACUUCCGAUUCAAUGACCAAAUGCCCAGAGAUACCAUGCAAAGAUAUAAAGUGCAUCCCUCCCAGUUUCGCCUCUUGCACGGCGGAUGAGAAGAAGAGCAUUUGCGUCUCUGGGACUGGGUCCGCCAUUGACAUAAAGCCCUGUAAGGAAGAUAAGCCUGAUCCUGACAACAAAAUGGCAGAGACUCCGCCAGACAUAGGUCCUCGAGUUAUCAUCCUUGGUGCGGGGUUCUCAGGACUCACCGCCGCCGAUCGGCUGAUAAAGGGUGGCCACACCAACCUCGUUAUACUGGAGGCUGAUUGCAGAGCAGGGGGCCGACUGAAGUCGCGGUGGGCGGGGGACACGGUGGUGGAGCUGGGACUGAAGAUGACGGAGCAGCGCCCCCCCUCCUGGGACCACCCGCUGCUGCAGCUGGGGCUGUCCUCGGGCCUGUUCGCCCCCCCGGCGGAGGGCGACCCCAGCUCGGGCCUCCUCAGCCACCCCCUCCCCCUGCCCAUCGUCUUCAAGACCUUCACCUUCCUCAACAGGCUCAUCAACGAGGAGCAGUGCAUGACUCGUCCGAAAGGGUACAUUGGGUUCAGGUUCCAGCAGGCUGGGGGCUCUUAUUCACGGAAAUAUCGUAACCAAGUAGCCAGGAUUUUGGCAGCUGCUACCUCGCUCAUGGGGCCAAAACUCAAGGUGGAGGAAAACAGCUUCGGUGCUUUUGCUAUAGCCCCCGGCGGGGUCAAAGUCCCCCUUGGAGAGUCAGGACUUCUGAUGCCACUCCUGGAGUCUAUCGGCCCGGACAGGGUCUUGUACAGGAAGGAGGCUGUGUCCAUUCGAUGGGGGACCGUCACCUUGACCCAGAAGCCGAGGGUGAUCGUUCGCUGCAGGGACGGCAGCGAAUUCCCGGGAGAGUUCGUGAUCAUCAGCUGCAGCCUGGGCAGCCUGAAGAGCUCGAUGGACUCGAUGUUCUACCCCCCGCUGCCGACGAAGAAGGCGGCCGCCAUCCAGAACAUCGGCUUCGAGCAGCAGAACAUGGCCUACCUCGUCUUCGACGACCCCAUCUGGACCUGGUCCCCGAGGCCUGUGGAGAUGAAGAUAUCGAAGAACGAAGACAAGGACAAAUGGACUACCUACGUAAAAGAAAUAAAGCAAGUGCCGGGGAGCCAACACGUGAUCGGCGUCCAAGUCACCGGCCCGGGGGCGGUCAAGAUGGAGAGGCUCUCGAAGAAGCAGGUCCUCUGCGAGCUGCGGGCCGCCAUCGAGGAAGGGCUCGGCAUGAAGGACAUUCCCACCCCGAGGGAUGUUGUCAGGUCGGGCUGGUCGGGCGUCCGCUACUUCGGGGGCUCCCACAGCGUCUCGGGCAGCGCCGAGCAGAGGGCGGACCUGGCCGCCCCCCUCCCAUCACCGGACCAGCUGCCCCCCAUCCUCCUCUUCGCCGGCGAGGCCACCUGCCCCCCGCCCGGCCUCAGGGGCGCCUUCCUCUCCGGCCUCAGGGAGGCGGAGCGCCUCCUCAGCAUCUUCGCCAACAUGCCCAAGGCCAAGUCGCUCUUCAUCUGUCCUCAGCCCUGUCCAGAAUAG